CAAAUGCAUUGCCCGUUCUUUUCAAAACAAACGUGAAAACGUGCUCGCCUGGGUUCUUAGCUCUGUCGGAGAAAUCGUGUUUUUCCUCUGAAAAUGGCACUGAAAGCGCUAAAAUGUCGCCAAUCGAAAAGACAGAAAGCCUCACUCAGGUACAAAGUUCUUAAGAAGAUUGCAGCCAGUAAGAGAAAGAAGGAAAAGGAAUCUAAAAAGUUACCUAAAUUUAAAUCCAAAAAGCAAAAACUUAUCCAGGUACCGAAUAUAUGUCCGUUCAAGAAAGAGAUUCUGGAAGAUGUUGCGGCGCAUAAGCAAUUUAACGAACAGGAAAAGGAACGAAAGCGAGAGCUGCUGAAGCAACAGAGACAGGAAGCGCUCAAGGGACAAACGAUCGAAUCCAUAGCUGCUGAUGCAAAUAAGCGCAGUCAGGAGUACGACCCAGACAAAGCAGAAACGGCUAUCGCAAAAAGUCAGGAAGAAUAUACAAAUGUUGGCAAAGGGAAGGAAGGUUCGUUGAGGGCAUACUUCAAGGAGUUUAAAAAAGUGAUAGAUGCGGCCGAUGUGGUAUUGGAAGUUGUCGAUGCCAGAGAUCCUCUCGGCACUAGAUGCACUGAGGUUGCACACAUUGUACGGGAAGCCCCGGGACAAAAGCGGUUGGUGCUGAUACUGAAUAAAGCCGAUCUCGUUCCGAGAGAAAACUUAGAGAAAUGGCUCAAGUAUCUUCGAAAAUCGAGUCCGGUAAUUCCGUUCAAAGCGACCACGCAGACUCAGAAGUAUCGUAUCGGAAAUCGCAAAUUUAAAGCUACUAAAACUUUGGAAUGCUCUCCUUGUAUUGGAGCAGAUUUACUGAAAGAACUGUUGGCAAACUACUGCCGCAGUGACGACAUUCGUACAUCCAUACGGGUCGGAAUCGUGGGACUUCCUAAUGUGGGCAAAAGCUCAUUGGUUAAUUCGUUGAAACGUAAGCGAGCCUGUUUGGUAGGUGCCAAACCUGGAAUUACCAAACAAAUGCAGGAAGUCCAGAUCUAUUCGCACGUGAAACUGAUUGACAGUCCCGGAAUAAUUUUUCAACGACCAAAAGACGAAGACAACAAUCGCUUUUACGCGUUGAAGAAUGCCCAAAAGGUAACGGAAAUUCAGGAUCCGUUUCCUUUAGCAGCUGACAUUCUGAAACGAGGGACUAUGAGCUUCUUUUGUAAAUUAUAUGAUGUUUCGGAAUUUCACUCGCCGGAUGAAUUCCUGGCCAAAAAGGCGAUCAAAAUGGGAGCGCUUGCUAAGAAAGGUAUUCCCGAUGUCAAGAAAGCGGCACGCAUGUUGAUCGAAGACUGGAAUGCUGGUAAGAUUAAAUACUGCACUCAUCCACCGGAGGAUGGAGACGACAUUCACGUUAGUGCCCAGCUAGUGUCGGCCGAUGCCCCGGAGUUUAAGUUGGAUAGUUUAGAUCAAGUGAUGCAAGCUUUAGGCAACGAAUACGAAGAAAGUUUCAAGAUGAAAGACAAGGAUGGCGAAGAGAUGGAAGUCAUCUCGAAAGAUGAGAUACUGACGAUGGAAAUCGAUACCAAAGGUCCCGUCAGUAUGCAACUUUCGAAAGAGGACGAAAAACGGAAAGCCCUGGACGAGCUGUUCAACAAUGGAAGUGGGAAAAUUAUCGAAACCGACGAGCAGACAGCGACUGCCAAGGGAAAGAAACGUAAGCUGAACGAUUAUGCCGAGGAGGAAAAGAAAUUCCGUAAGGAUCCCAUGUUUCAGCUGGAUGGAAAUAAAACGGUCAACAAGAAUCGUAAGGCUGAAUUGAAAGCCCGGAAGAAAGCCGUUGCCAAGGGUGAACGACGGGUGACGGAAGUGGCGGACGAUCUGGAGUCGUUUUCUCUUGAUGGUCAGUCGAAGAAAAAGAAGGUGUCCUCGGCGGAUGAUUACGAUUUUGAUAACGAUUAUCAAAUGUAAAAUUUGAGGUUUUCAUACUAAUAAAUAUCAAUUUAGAAAAAAA